ACUGUUUGGUGUCCAUUUUAGUGUGUAAACUCUUAAGUCUGAAGAGUGUUUGCACUGUGCAACUCAAGUGAAGUUGUGAACAGAUAAACCGCAAAGAGGAGGGGUGGGGGGCCAUAUUUCUUCUGCAUUGCUGCCCUCUUCUCAGUUUUCCUAUACAGUGAAAAAGAUACUUCUUGCUUGCUUCAUAUGUGCAUAAAUAAACAGAAACACGUAUAGAGAGAGAGAGAGAGAGAUACAAACAACUCACAAGUGUGUGUUGUGUGUGGUGUGUGGUGCGUAUUGUGUGUUGUGUGUGUGGUUGGGUGGUAGUAUAUAAGAAAGAAAUGCAGCAGCACCUGAUGCAGAUGCAGCCCAUGAUGGCAGCCUACUAUCCAAGCAACGUUACUACUGAUCAUAUUCAGCAGUUUUUGGAUGAGAACAAAUCCUUAAUCCUGAAGAUUGUUGAGAGUCAAAACUCAGGAAAACUGAGCGAGUGCGCAGAGAACCAAGCAAAGCUACAGAGAAAUCUAAUGUACCUUGCUGCUAUUGCUGAUUCACAACCUCAACCUCCAGCCAUGCAUUCUCAGCAGUUCCCUCCCGUUGGCAUUGUGCAGCCUGGCGCACACUACCUACAGCACCAACAGGCUCAACAGAUGACGCCACAAGCACUAAUGGCAGCACGUUCCUCCAUGCUGUAUGGCCAACAGCCAUUUUCUGCACUGCAACAGCAGCAAGCUUUGCACAGCCAGCUUGGGAUGAGUCCUGGAGGAAGCAGCGGAAUUCACAUCCUGCAAGGCGAGGCGCAUGGUGCCGGAAGCAGUGGCGUUCUUGGAGGUGGAGGCUUUCCUGACUUUGGUCGUGGCACAGCCGGGGAGGCCUUGCAAGUGGCUGCAAGGGGAAUGGGUAGUGGAAGUAAGCAUGAUUUGGGAGGUGCUAUGUCUGCUGAGGGGAGAGGUGGCAGCUCAGGAGGCCACAAUGGUGAUGCGGGCGAGACUCUUUACUUGAAAUCAGCUGAUGAUGGGAAUUAAGCUAAAAGAUGGGUAGACCUACUUGGGCGUAACACCUGGACCUAGGAACUUUUAGACAGGUGUUCAAUGGUGAAAAGAACUAGUCAGGUGACCUAGUUGUAAUUUGGUACGAAACAUGAGGUUGUAACUGUUAAGCCUUUGAUUAUCACCAAUUUAAGAAAUGAGGCUUUGCAUCUUGUGCUAGUGUAAUAUGUAAAUUGUUUAGUGUCAUUUGUCGUGUAGUACUUUAUUUUGCCUGCCAAAUCUUUUAGCAGAAGCUUUGUUUAAUAGCGGCCAGUAAUCUGGAGUAUAGAUAUCAUUACUCUCU